AAUCAUUACCCGGCUGGGCCACAUGCACAACUACAUGAUGACCCACAUGCACAACUAGAUGAUGUCGAACCAAUUGAUCAAGAUCAACAACUUGAAGAUGAACGAGAUGACCAUGAUACUCAACGAGAUGAUGCUGAACGAGAUGAUGCUGGAUCAGAUGAAGUUCAUACGAUUUGUGAUCCUGAAGCGACUCAAAAGGAAUACGCCCUUCAAACUAGCCAAGCAAGCUCCUGUGAUCUCAGUCAAGAAUUGGACAUUAAACCAUCACAACCGAAGCUCCAGAAAUGUCCGAUAAAUACAAACUUUCCAAGCAAAAAAACAAGAUCUUUCAACGCGAGCUGGUUGAGCAAAUGCUGCAAAGCAUUUUGCUUUGCUUGUAAAAACGUCGGCUCAAGAAGUUCCGCAGACACCACAUUUACCGUAACUGGCUUUAGGAAAUGCACUAAUGCCCUAGACAAGGACAAAGGUUUUAUAAAACACCAGAAAUCAGAAGUUCAUAAAGUUUGCUACGAGAAAUGGAAGGCAAAGCUCCGAAUAUCAGAUGGACAAGAUACAAGUAUACUCGAGAAACUGGUUCCCGACCAAGCGAAAACAAUUCAAAACAACAGAGAGUACUUUAAACUUCUGUUCCAAUAUGUAAUUUGGUUUGCAACGAACGAAAUAGCAUUCUGGGGCCAUGACGAGGCGGCUGAUUCGAAGAACCCAGGCAACUGA